UGCCUCUAGAGCCCAGAGCCAUGGGUAGGAGCUGAGAAAGGGCAGAUGGAGGCUGACCCCGGGGAAUGAGCCCAUGAGGGUCCUGGAGAUUUCAGCCCUCCUGAGCCUUGCCCUAGGAGAACAGACCCAAAUACCAUGUUUCUGGCUCGAGUGACCUCUCAGCUGACUAGGGCCUUGCCCUGGGCAGGCCGAUGUGUGUUGAGGCCCGGCCCUCCGGUGCCCCCUCCGGUCUGUAUGGCCAAGCAUUGUUGGUACAGCACCUGGCCAGCGGGCAGGAAUGGGCCGGCCUCCCAGCCCCAGGCCCAGAGAGAUCCAGAGCUGGAGGAGAUGCUGGUCCCCAGGAAGCUGUCCAUCAGCCCCCUGGAGAGCUGGCUCACCGUUCAAUACUUGCUCCCCAAGCCGGAGGUCACCAUCCCUGGUCCCAGGCCUGGAACAGGGAGCCUGGCCUUGCUCUAUGACUGUCCCCCAAGUGAGGCCCAGGAUGGGGAGGAGCUGGGGGAAGGAGGCUCCCGGGGGGCCCCUGCAGUGCACUGCAAGAACAUGCUGAAGAUCCGCCGCCGAAAGAUGAACCACCACAAAUACCGCAAGCUGGUGAAGAGGACCCGCUUCUUGCGGCGGAAGGUCCUAGAUGGGAGGAAGAAGCGGAAGCAGAUCAGGUUUGAGAAGGACCUGAAGCGAGUGUGGAAGAAAGCAGGCUUGAAGCAGGCCCCUGAGGGCUGGCAGCCUCCCAAGAUCUAUGUGAAGAGCACAUGAGCCCCUCCCGACUGUGUCUGCUGCAUCGUUUUAAUAAAUGUUAUAGAAACAGCA